AAAAAUGCACGUGGUAUUUGGGCAGAUGACUUUUUAAACUUACUUUUUGAUCGCAUACAGCUUGGCUCUGCUCUUCCUGUUUUAAGAGCAAUGGCUUCCAUUGAUGGAGAUUUCAUGGUUUAUUUUUUAAAAAUAAUUCUGAGGUUUUUUUUAAUGUAUAAUACUUGAAGUGGCAAAACACUACAGAACCAAAAGUUUUGAUGAAUGCUGAACCUAGAAAGAUGCUGUCCAUCCUCCAGAACAGGAAAAUGUGAUAAGAGGCAGCAUGGAGGGAUUAAAAGCUAAAUGAAGCUUUGGUUGCUAUUUCUACUGCUAUCAAAUUCCUAUUUGAUACUGUUCAGAGAUAAGGCAGUUCAAUUUUGUUGGAAGUGUACUUAAGGACUUCACUAAUGGCUGCUGAGUUGGAUUUUUCACCCCCUGAAAUCCCAGAGCCCACCUUUAUGGAGAACAUCUUACACUAUGGCCUUUUCUUUGGGGCCAUUUUCCAGCUUAUUUGUGUUCUAGCAAUAAUCCUCCCUGUUCCAAAGACAUAUAAAAUGGAUGCUGAAAGCUUUGAGACGAAAAGUGCUGAAGUAGUCAAGAAACCCAAAAUUGCUGCCCUCUCAGUGAACAAGAAGCUCAAAAAAGAAACAAAGAAGAAACGAUAAAACGAUAUCAUGAUGAAAUUUUCACAGCAACCUUAUGGAAACAAGUCAAAUUGCAGUGAAGAUGACACUGCAAAUAUGUUUGACAAAGCUGUCCUUAUUCUGGUUUUGAGGAAAUAGAUAACACUUUCUAAAAUGGCUCCAGGUUCAUUGUUUCACCUGAUCUGUAAUAAAUAACCUGUGAGGUUAGUGAGAAAUACCUUACAGUUUGGUUCAGUAACAGGAAAACAAUCUUGUUUGAGGGACAUCUGGAUCAUAGACAUGUCCCAUUACAUCACUAUUUUCCAUGUUUUAAACACAGGGAUUGAACACUCUACUACUUUUGUAUGUUGUUAAUAUAAUUGGUUAUAGUAUUACUCUUUCAUUUUUUUUAUUAAAAAACAGUCCUAAUAAUUGUCUGAAUCUAGCUUUCUUUGAAUUUGAUAAUUCUUUGGCGUUUUACUGUUUUCCUAUUGUUGGGUAUAAUAAACCAAGUUGUUCAGAUUCUC